AUAUUUCCGCGUACGUAGGGACGCUACCGAAAACAUUUUAUAUCAAUAAUCAGGACAGUUUGUGUAUAAAGAUCAUACACGUUUACAGUAACAUAAUUCAGUCUAUACAGCAUGAUUCGGUGUAUAAUUUUAGUUGCCAGUAUUUACCAUGUUUCAAUGACUUAUAUAUAUUAUAAACAGCUCAACAGACAUUGCCUCCCUUAUUAUGAUUGUGAACCAGGCAAUGAAAUCCAGCCAUGUACUAAAAACUUUACCCGUGAUCUAUGUGCUUCUUGUAUGGAUAGCAUGGAACAGCCAGAUUUGAUAUCGUCUUCGUUUGAUGGAGAUGCGAGUACUACUGCAUGCUUCACACCGAAGAAAGAAUGUCUGGCAAACGAUAUUACAUACAGUCGUCAUACCUCGAAAGCUUUGUGUGAUGGAUUAGACGGUUGCAAAUGCAAUACAGCAAACUGUUUUCAUGGAGAUGCCUGCUUAUGUGAUGAAAAAGUCGAAGGCUGUCCACCUAACACAACACUAAAUCGAUCGGGAGCAUGUAUUCCAUGUCCAGAUGGUACUUACAAGAAUGGAAGUGGAUGUGGUCCUUGUCGACAUUUCCAAAAGACAUAUCAAGAACCAUUUGUACCGUACAAUAUACCAAGCGAUACCAUCGAGAAGGACGCGUCUAAGAGCAUUCAUUUAUUUACUGAAAUCAUGUCUUCAUCAACAUUUUUACCUCUGCAAGUAAAUCCACAAACGUCAAAAGAAAAAGACAAUCUAUUGAUAAUUUUCAUUGUUAUCCUCGUAGCGUUGGUCGUACUAUUAUCAGUGGUUACCAUAGCGAUUUGUGUGAAGAGAUCGGGAUUUGUUUUGGCUGGAAUCUGUUGGACACAUGGCAACGUACAACCAGAAAAUGAUGAUGUACGACAAAAUAACGUUGAACUUGGAGAGGCUUUGCUUAAGCACAAAAAUGAAAAUGCAAAUAUCGAACUGAUGAAAGAUACGGGAAAUAAUGUGGCUGAUUAUCAAACCAAGGAGACCUCUCAUCAAUGUCCAACGUUCUCGCCAAAACCCGAGGAACCGCGAGAGUCUGUUGAUUCGGGAUGCCAUGAAGAAAAUAUAUCCGAUAUAGUAGUGAAUAACAUGUAUGCAGACCAUAAAAGCUCAACUGAUUCAGUAUUCUGUAAAGAUGAUACAGAAAUGUAUGAUUCAAAACAGCAAGGAAAAAACACUAAAGAUUCAAUGACAUCCUCUGUAUCAUCUUUUGAUGAUAAAAAUAAAUCAGAACAUGAUAGUGGAAGGAACAUUCCAAAACUGGACCUUUCUGGAAUAAAUUACAACACAAAAAACGAUUUGAAUUUAUCUGCAACUUGUAGUCCAGUCACUGUAAACUCCGAACCUCAUACUUUACAGCUUUUUCCAGCGAAUGUUCAAGAGCACCAAGGGGAUACUAGUGGCUAUAACACUCAAUCUGAACAAGAUAUUGUGCCUUCGAGUAGUUCACAAUCUGGGGAGUACAUGUCUAUGAAUGUUUCAACUCUUUACAGUGGGAGCGACACAAAUGAGACAAUACCCAGUAAUCUUGAGAACUAUAAUUUUAAAAUCAAAGGAAACAAUUCAAAUAGCAUUAGCGGCGAAUCAGAAACAGAUAUGAAACAUGCUGGUCCAAAGAGUGUUGACAGUGGGGUUUAUAAUAUAUAACAUCAUGUUGUAGAAUAAGACAACUAACACGCUAACAUCAGCUGAUAUUUGUGACAGAUUCGUAUCAAUUUGAUAAACCCUUAGGUCAGAGUUUACUGUUUGGUACGGUUGAAUAUAAGGACAUCUGAUGCGUGUUUGACAAAUUGACAAAUCGGGGUUGAAAUGCGUUGUGAAUUAUGAGAUUAAAUUCUGAAACAAAUAAUAUACAUUAUAUCAAUGCGAAAACCUUGAUAAAAAUACAAUUCAGAGUGCGUCAACUACGAAGGACGGAACUUUGGUCACGUUUUCCACCGAUGUGUUCAUUGCUAUCAAAGCUAACAAUGCCGUUUAUUUUUUUGUGGACAUUUGUUCCGUAAAAUAAAGCGUCGAGUUCGAUUACUUUUUAAUCAUAUUGUUAUCAUAAUAAUGAACACUGAAUAUCGAAAUGCAUUUUUACAUUUUCUGACCCUAAAUGAUUACAACAUUCAUCUUAUAAAAAACUACUUGCAAGACCCUGUAUUUAAUGUUAAUAUAUGGGAAUAUGGUGAGGGAAUGUCGAAAGAUUUUAAUAAAGAUGAUGUAGAAGAGAGAAAGUGAAGAGAAAGACACAUAUGAAAAUCAAUUAUUUCGAUAUUUAACGAUGUAAUUAUAUAUAUAUAUGUAAAUACAUUUAUAAUGACUGAAACUAAAAUCAUUUGUCAUA